AUGAAAGUGAAUGCAAUAUUAUUUAGGUACAAUGGACUAUCACUUGUAUAUCUUCUGUUCCUUCUGUCCAUACCUCUGUUGCCCAGUCCAAACUUGACUACUAUGAAUGGAAAAACUGGUAGGUUUCUACAUGCCAUGUGCUCUACUGGUGUGAUGUUUCUGGCAUUGCAGUGUGGAAUGCAAAUAACCUUCACAUAUAUUCCCAAGGAUGUGAGUGGGCCAUGGGACAAUAUUUUCUUCCACCUUGGUAUUAUCAGGUUUAGUGAUGUGGACACACGUAACUUAAUACGUCUACUAAUGCCAGAUUGUGCUGUCUUCCUGUCUACAAUGUUCAUCCUUCAUUUGAGUAAGGCCAAGCUUCCAGAUCAAAUGAAUAGCAGGACAAACGACAGACAGAUUUAUGAUACUGAGGGUGUAGAUGGAGAGAUUUCUGACUCAGAAGCUGAAGAGGAGAGUAGAACAUCAGAGGAUUCUUUGUUAGACACCUCUGAAGAGAACUGCUCCCCCACAAGCGCCGCUCCUGGCAUCCUGCUGAAACUGAUCAUAUUUAUGUCUGGCCUGAGACUUCUCAUCUCCCCUGUUUUGAACACUGCUGGGAAGGUAUUGGUGACUGUUCUGCUGGGUCUUGCAGGUAUAACUUUGCCCUCACUGACAUCAGCACUGUAUUUCAUGGUGUUUCUUGGCCUUGUAUGGUGCUGGGUAUUGGGCUGCUCCAUCUCACUACUGCACUUCAGCUCUUUGUGUGUAAUGAUGUCCAUCUUCAGUGGAGGACACAUCAUCAUCCUUUACCUCUACCAGCUUCCUCUCAUCCAGCAGCAUGUUUCUCCUCGGGAUGCCUUUGCCAGGCUCUUUGGUUUGACAGCGCUCAUCCACACUAACAUGUCAGAUCCAUAUAUCCUGGCCCUGCAUGAAGAUGGGAGCUGGCCUGCAAUAGUUCACCCACUUGUGCUUCUUCUACUGUAUUACUUACUCAUAGUUCUUCUACAAAAGUGGAAUCACUCUAUCGAUGAGUCUAUGGUGGUGAUGUUGGAAGAAUCUGCUGUGAAUUCUCUGAUGCUACUGAAUGACUGCACAGAGUGGUUUGCUUUGCAUCCAUACACACGAAACGUCGCUCACGAGAGUAAUGUGGAGAAGGAAAGCUGUGGCAGAGGGGAUGAAAUAUUAAGUGAUGUGGAUUCGUCUGCUGAGCGUGCUGAAGUCAGUGCUUUGAUUCUGCUCGGACAGUUUUUCAUGAAGCAGAGCUACAUCAUUGCUCUUAUCAUCAUGAUGGUGUGGAGCAUCAGCUAUAACUCGUGGCUUACAUUAGUGUUAUUGGUGUGGUCAUGUGUGAUCUGGAUGUUUAAGGAUCGGCGGCGGUUCGCCAUGCUCUGUGCUCCAUUCCUCGCUGUCUACGGAACUUUGCUGCUAGUGACUGCAUUCAUUAGUGAACUCCAUCUCAACUAUAGUGACAUUUUCCCCACUUUACCGAAGGUUGUCCUGAUUGACUUAGAUAUCUAUGGCUAUCAAGUGCCCUGUAUCCACCUUGCUGCAAAGGUGUGUUAUGCGUUUUGUUUCUGGAUAUUACUGCGACAACGAUUGAAAGAGAAACAUGAAAAGCAGCAGCAUAAAGAGCAAAGUUUAAUGGAGGUCAAAGUUCAAGCAUGUGACAGUAGUGAAUCUUCUCAAAUGAUGACUGUGUUGGGGACGUUAGUGAAAACCACACUGGUGAAGUACUGGAUCUUAUGCUGUUGCUCCAUGUUCUUCGUUGUCAGUUUCUCAGACAAAGUAGCAGUCUACAAAAUCCUCUAUAUCUGUUUAUUCCUCUUCUGUGUGGUUUUAUAUGAGGUACAUUAUGAGGUGUGGAGGAGUGUGUUGAAGCACUUUUGGGUGGUGGUGGUCGGAUACUCCAUGCUAGUGUUGAUCCUGAUUUAUGUGUACCAGUUUAGAAGUGUAUCGAGUCUUUUCCAGCAGAUAUUAGGCAUACCUGAGGAGAGAUUGCGGGACUUUGGGCUUGAACAGUUUGACAUGGCUGAACUAUUUGCACGAAUCUUACUGCCAGCUUCAUUCCUGUUGGCUUGUAUCCUGCAGCUGCAUUACUUCAACUGUGACUUUCUCUCUCUAACUGACCUGAACACUGUACCAAGAAGUGACAGAACAUGCAGAGAAGAGGAGCUGAUGGGAGCACUGAAAGGGAUUUUUAAUGUGAUAAAGGAAAACAUAGAUAAGCUGAACAAACGGCUGAUGGAAGAGCAGCUCCAUGGAGAAUUUGUUGACCAAAUGAAGAGUGUGUCUUCAUCUUUAAAUCAUCAAAUGGAAAGAGAAGAUGAUGUUGCAGUGACAGUGAAGCAGUGGUUGGUGGUAGUGGACAGGCUGCAUGAGUUGGUCCUGCGAUCUGUUUUGUGGUUGUGGAGAGGUCAGGAGCUGUGCUGGAGAAUACUGGAGCUCCACAGCUUCAAACUUGUCUCUACAGGCAUCAUCUGGGUCUGUGUGCAAGAGGUAUCUUUGAUGAACUUCGUGUUUGUGGUUUUGUGGACAUUUGCUCUGCCAUUUCCGAGGAUGCGCCCUUUGGCCUUUAAUGUGUCCUCUGUUUGGGCCUGUGUGAUGGUUGUGUGUAAAAUGAUGUACCAGCUCAAAUUCAUCAAACCAUCUGAGUAUUCCUCAAACUGCACUGCUCUGCAGUCAUCUAAUGAGAGUUGGGCUGGUGAUAACACCGCUGAGCUCUUGAGGAACUCUGCUCUGUAUGUGGCACCAGUAGAUCCAGCACUUUGGGUCGGGGGACUGAGAAAGUGUGAGGAUCGCAUCCUGUCCUGUAUCUGGAAUCACCUGUUAAUUUUAGGUCUCCUUGUGUUUGACGUGACUGUCCAUCGUCACCAGCUGCAUCACCGUCUUCAAAAUGGCCUUAAAGUGACACACAGCAGUGUGUUAUUCCAGGGUGUGACACGGCAGCAUCUGGACCAGGGCAUCCUUCCCUUCCUCAAAUACUUCACCAACUAUUUCUUCUACAAAUUUGGUUUAGAGGUGAGUUUUGUGGUAGCGGUGAAUGUCAUUGGUCAGCGGAUGGAUGUCUGCGCUCUUCUGCACUCGUUUGGUCUGAUUACUGUGCUUGCACGUCGCCGUAGAAAGGCCAUUGGAGAAGUGUGGCCGAGAUACUGCUGCUUCACUGCCAGUCUAAUGGUGCUGCAGUACCUGCUGUGCAUUGGCCUGCCACCAGCACUCUGCAUUGAUUAUCCCUGGAGGAGAUCAUCUGCAGCUUUGAGCUCUAAUCUAAUAAAGUGGCUGUAUCUACCAGACUACACCAUGAGUCCCAACCCCACCUUCAUCCUCUAUGAUUUCCUGCUGUUGUUGGUGGCGUCUCUGCAGUGGCAGGUGUUUGAGAAUGAAAAUCAGGCUUACAUGAGGCAUCUGGCAGGAGAGAAUGUGGAGAUCAGCAGAAGUCUGGAUCCGCAAACUCUCAACCAGUACACUCUUGUCAACAACUUUCUACACUGUCGCUCGUAUCUGGACAUGUUAAAGGUGUUUGUGUUCAGUUAUUUCUUUUGGCUGGUGCUGUGUCUGAUUUUCAUCACUGGCACCACGAGAAUCAGCAUCUUCUGUCUGGGUUAUCUGGUGGCCUGUUUCUACUUCAUGCUGUUUGGGGGCACAUUACUGCUGCAGCCGGUGCGGUAUGUGGUCAGACUGUGGGACUGUCUCAUAGCGUACACCUGUGUGGUCAUUAGCCUCAAGAACAUGCUCUCGCUUGGGUCUUGCGUUUAUCUGGACAGUCUGCAAAAGAAUGGUUGUUGGCUCAUUCAAGCUUUCAGCAUGUUCUGCACCAUCAAUGGAUACAAUUUACCUGAAGCUGAUCGUCAGUGUGAAUUGCCGGCUGAUGAGGCUGGGAUUGUGUGGGAUGCGAUCUGCUUCACAGUACUGCUCGUUCAGAGGAGAGUGUUUCUCAGCUACUACUUCCUGUAUGUUGUAUCUGACCUGCAGACCUCAGUGAUUCUUGCUUCCAGAGGUGCAGAGUUGUUUGAAGCCAAAUUGAAGAAAAGGGUGGCAGCCAGAUUAGAGAUGGAGAAAAAAUCUGUGGAGACACUGAAGAAACAGAUGGAGAAAAUCAAGUCAAAACAGAAGAACCCUCAUCAUCAGCUCACAUCACCUACCUCACAUACACCAAAGUCUUCUGGUAACUGUGGCUAUCAUCUGUUUGAAAGUGACAGUGAGGAAGAGGAGGAGAUACAGGGCAGAACACAGGAUGACACUUUACAGAAGAAGAAAACUGCUUUUCAGUUGGCUUAUGAGGCUUGGGUGGCAGGAUCCACAGUAGCUCUCCGAGACCAUGAACGUCAAGAGCAAAAGAGAGUCAAAAGACAGUUGCAAAGACAAGAGGGCCUGGAUAAAGAGGAGUCAGAUGAGGAGCAGGCAGAGUUCAGUCUUAAAGAGGAGACACAGAGAGAGUACAGAUUUAAGCGGACUCUUGACACUGUGAAGUUUCUCUGGGUUUUCCUGCUCUCUCUCACUGAAGAUCUCAUAGCAGCUUUGAAGUCGCUAUGUAAAGACAGUCUGGACAUCUCUAAGGUGCUUCGCUUUGAAAGAGCUCUACUAAGCAAACAACAGAAAAAGGGCAGGGAUGUCACGCCUGAUAGUAUUCACCAUUUCUACAAAAACUGGAUCUCUAGACAAGACACAGAGAUGUUACUGGAUGACAAGACCAACCAGCAGAUCCAGGAAACAGUGAGCUGCUCACCUCUGCCCAGGAGUAGCCACAUAUGCGGCUAUGCCAAACUCAACAAUGCCCACUCAUGGGGCAGCAGCCUUUCCAGCUGUCAUACAGAUGAAACUCUUUUAGUGAGCCGUCAGCCAACUCAAGAUGACCUUGACGCCCCAUCUGAAGCUGUUCAGAUCUGCCUCGAAUCUGCACAUACUGAUCCCAUGUCUGAAGAUAGAGAUGUUCUGUCAGAAGAUCCUGACAACAAUAAAGAUCUGAAGGAUUGUGAGGAAGAAGCUGAUGAGAUGAGAGAGGUUUGGAGAAGUGAACAGCAGGAAUGUGUGAGACUGAAUAAUGUGUGUGAUGAGAAACAUGACGAGAUCCCAGAGUCAAGAGUACUCAGUCAAGAGACCAGAGUGCUUACUGCCAGUGAAUUACUGCUUAACAAGAUGUUUGAUAUUCCAGAGCUGGAGGAGUCUGAGCGUUUUUACUCUUCAUUACCUCUUGCAGUGCGUUUGAUCUUCACUCUCUACAGCACAAUGGAGUCACAGUCUGAGAUGUUCUGUUAUUUUGUGAUAAUAUUGAAUCACAUGGUGUCGGCCUCUCUGCUCACACUCCUCCUGCCCAUGCUCAUCUUCCUGUGGGCUAUGCUGUCUGUGCCGCGACCCACCAAACGUUUCUGGAUGACCGCCAUCAUCUACACUCAGCUCACAGUUGUGGUGAAGUACUUUUUCCAGUUUGGCUUCUUCCCAUGGACUACAUCAACAUAUCGUGGAAUUAAUGUGGAGCGCCCGUUUGCGGUGCCUAACAUAGUUGGAGUUGAGAAGAAAGAUGGUUAUGUGCUGCUUGACCUGAUCCAGCUCAUUGCCCUGUUCUUCCACCGCUCCAUCCUGAAGUGUCAUGGUCUGUGGGAUAGUAAAGAAUUGGAGAUGCCAGACUACUUCAAGAAGCUGAAAAGGAAAACUGAGAAAAAGAAGAUGACCAGAGGAUCAAGACAACGAGAGGACAACACAAGGAAACGUCUGCCCUUCCUUCCACUCCAGACCUCAUGCACUUCAUUCCUCAGAAGACACAGAGGAGAAAGUCCUGAGAGACACGUAGAUGGGAGUCAAAACAGGAAACAGCAUUCGCAGAAGAAACAGCAGUGUAAGGUGCCGCUGAGCAGGAGAGAGCGAAUGAAACAGUACAUGAAUGAUGGAAUGCUGGAAGCCAAAGCUGCUGUUGUAGAACUUGCUCUACACAUAUACUUACCCAUAAGGCAGUUCUUCCAUGACAUCAUCCACCCUGAGUAUAGUCCUGUGUGUGAUGUGUAUGCGCUGAUGUUCCUCGUAGAUGUGGUGAAUUUCGUCAUCAUUAUAUUUGGAUACUGGGCUUUUGGAAAGCACAGCGCGGCUGCUGACAUCACAGAGUCGCUGUCAGAGGAUCAGGUUCCUGAGGCAUUCCUGGUUAUGCUGCUCAUUCAGUUCAGCACCAUGAUUGUGGAUCGUGCAAUCUAUCUGCGGAAAACUCUCCUCGGGAAGUGUGUCUUCCAGGUUGUGCUUGUGUUUGGGAUUCACUUCUGGAUGUUCUUCAUACUGCCUGGUGUUACAGAGAGGAGAUUCAACAGGAAUCCUGUUGCUCAGCUGUGGUAUUUUGUAAAAUGCAUCUAUUUUGGUCUGUCAGCAUAUCAGAUCAAAUGUGGCUACCCAAACCGCGUUCUGGGAAACUUUCUCACCAAGACAUACAACUACUUCAACCUGUUGCUCUUUCAGGGUUUCCGAUUAGUUCCUUUCCUGACGGAGUUACGUGCGGUGAUGGAUUGGGUGUGGACAGACACCACCCUCAGCUUGUCAAGCUGGAUCUGUGUGGAGGACAUCUAUGCCAACAUCUUCAUCCUGAAGUGCUGGAGGGAAGCUGAGAAGAAAUUUCCUCAUCGGUCAGGUCAGAAGAAGAAGAAGGUGGUGAAAUACACAAUGGGCGGCUUCAUAAUUUUUGCUCUAAUCUGCAUUGUCUGGUUUCCUCUUCUCUUCAUGUCACUGGUCAAGUCUGUAGCAGGAGUAACCAAUCAACCAUUAGAUGUGUCCAUACAGCUCAGCAUAUUGGGUUACGAGCCGUUGUUCAGCAUGAGUGCUCAGGAGCAGAAUCUGAUCCCAUACUCUGAAUCAGCAUUCCAGAAGAUGACCAACCAGUUUGCCACUCACCCGUCUGCGAUGCAGUUCAUUGUGAACUAUCUGGCAGAGGAUAUAGUGGCAGCAAAAAUCAAGAGUGAUGCCAGUUUGCUGUGGAACAUCAGUCCUGCCAGUCGAAAUGCCAUGAUCCUGGAGCUCAGUAACGCCACACACUUCUACAUCACACUGAGCUGGACUUUACUACGGAAUGCGUCUCUCGUGCUAAAUGCAGUGAGUGCUGGUGAACACACAGUGAAGUAUGAAGACAGUGCACUAAGAGACAAUUUGGUUUCAAUGCUCAGAGGAUCGUGUAGUCGUCCGGUGUAAGUUUGUCUCAAUUUGAAAGUCCUAAUUUCAAUAUGUGCAGUUUCUAUGUACUAAAUCUCUUUUAUGACAUUUGUCAGGAUGCUGGAAAAUCUGUUGCCAAAGUAUAUCAGGGGAACAUCCAGUCCAGAUGCUAAAGUGGCACAUCGACUUCAAGUGGAGCAUUCCAUAUGGCAGGAUGAUCUUCAUCUGCAGUUCUUCCGUCCACUGUCCAUCAAACUGCUGCAGGGCAACGACAGCUCUGUGGGGAUGGGGGUGCAGUGGUGGGUGGUGGAAGAGUGUUUUCCUGAGGCUCCACCCAGCAGAUGUCACAGUAUUGAGAUGGUGGUGUUCAAUGAUAAAGUCAGCCCAUCCAGUGUGGGCUUCCUUGCUGGAUACGGUAUUGUGGGUUUGUACAUGUCUGUGGUGUUGGUCAUUGGUAAGUUUGUGCGUGAGUUUUUCACUGGCAUCUCUCGCUCCAUCAUGUAUGAGGAGCUGCCGUGUGUGGACCGUGUGCUCAAACUCUGCAAUGACAUCUUUGUGGUGCGAGAGACAGGAGAGAUGGAGAUGGAGGAGCAGCUGUUUGAGAAGCUUAUAUUCCUGUACCGCUCACCCGAGACCAUGAUCAAAAUGACACGCAAGAAGAAUCAGUAGCUUUCAGUUAUUAUCGCAUGACUGUUCUCAGAUGGACUGUAAUAUAUCAUAUAUAUGCACAAAGAUAUAAAUGAUGCCUAUAAAGUCAUUAUAUACAUUGUAACCACUAUUCUGAGAUAUGAGGGUGCAUUUAAAUGAAUCCAUAAGGUUUUUUUUAUUUAUUUUUUUUAAUGUUUUAUCAGCCAAACACCGAAACAUUUUUCAGUGGUGAUGACUAGAAGGGAACCCUGGAUCUGGGAAGUCUUGCUAGAGUCACAUUCAUAUACUGCAUUUAUUUGGAGUCUCACAGAAAUCUUAAACAUUACCAUUAACCUUAACAUUACCCCUAACCCUAACCUUUGAAGCAGUGAUGAGAAUUUCCCCUAUUGAGGGUUCAAUUCUACACACAAAUCUGUGCAAGACACAAGUUUGUGCAAACAUUUAGCAUUUAGUGUCAAAAUAUUGGUGUUUAUAUAUAGAUCAGCAGCGCCUAACCGGUAGAAUGUGAUCUACCAGUCGAUUACAUAAUCCUCAUCAGUCUAAUUUUAAAUUGGUUUGGCAAAAAUAUUACAUCUUAUAACCUUCACUUUUUAGUCAUUUUAUUUUUCUUCCUGAGAAACUUAUGAUGUUAGUCAAUGUUUCUUGUACCAAAACAGUUGUAAUUUAGUUUUAGAUUUUUCACCCUGUCUCUUAAAGACUUAUGUGAACAGCAUGCACUCUUCGCAUGUGAAAUUAUUAACGCGAUAAGCAGGAAGCUUUGCUUACAAUCUUGCACACCUCUUUUGUGUACAUGCUUUUUACACAAGAGCUGGUGCAUAGAACAAGCACAACGAUGCCCGUAACUGCUUCAACUCAACACAGCGAUGCCCAUAACUGCUUCAACUCAACACAAGUAAAACUUUUUCAGUGAAUGAUGCGAUUAGUGAAAAUAUAGUAUUCUGUGUUCCAUGCAAGGGUUAGAGAGCAACCAAAACUUACAAAAUAAAAUUUAUUUUAUUUAUCCAUAAUAAAGCAUGAGUUAAGCAUGAGUAGAACACAGCCUGAAUAAAUUUGAUUGGUGGGCAGACAUUUGCCCACCAAUCCAGAAUCGCUAUUCUAUAUACAUUGAAUGCCACGUACCUGUAUUGUGCUAUAGUCAUGUUUGACAAAGGGUUGGAAUUCUUGUGAAAGAGGUUGAUAAGUGAUGCCACACUCAGUGCCACCUCUUUUCUGCCAAUUCCCACCUCACUCCUGUUGACAAUGAAUAAGGAAUCCACAGUUACCUUAUACUGUGGAAAAAAAAAAAAAAAAACACCUUUAGUCUCCCUCUGGCAGUCAUCUAGCAUUCGUAGAACCACAAUUGGCAGUUGUGGGGGUGACACCUGA